UCACCUCCAACCCGUUUGACCACGAUGUGGAAAAGGCCACCAGUGAGAUGAACACAGCGGAGGACUGGGGCCUCAUUCUCGACAUCUGUGAUAAGGUGGGACAGUCGCGCACAGGGACCACUAAUUGAAGACACCAACUCCACCAAACCUAAUGUUUUUGGCAGGAAACAUGAGAACAUGUAAACUCUGCACAGAGAGCUGGAAGCAGGUAUCAAACCCACAACCCUAGAUAUGUAUGUGAGGCCAUACUUGCUUACUCAUGCUUGGCUGACAGACGUAAACGUGGGAUAGGUUUAGUUGGAAAUAAGUAUGACUAGCCUGGCUUCAGAGGAAGUCCUUGGGAUAGUGAUUAGCAGGAGCUACAACCCCAAAGAUGGCUGUCUUAUGAACAUUGACAUUGAAUUUCAGCUUGAAUGUUAAUGUUGGUCUGAAAUUGGCUCUGGAUCUUGUAUGGCAGCAACCUGCGAUGAGGUCUGAUGACUCGGCAGAGCAAUAAUGGCAGCAUUUCCGGCGCUGAAGGGUUCUGGUGCUCCGAGGCUGCGAUCAUUCCAUUAAGCACAAUGUUGAUGCGAAUCGGUUUCAUUCUGCUUAGUGGUCUCUGUUGUGUGUCAGCACUUCUGUUCUGUUGGGGGGGGGGGGGUGACUUUUUCAGGCUUCAAGAUGAGAACUGUCCAGUCCCUUGUGGGCCGAAAGAGAGCCUUCGGGCCAUCAUCAGGAGAUUGAACCACAAAGACCCCCACGUUGCCAUGCAGGCUCUGACGCUCCUUGGGGCAUGUGUAUCAAACUGCGGUAAAAUCUUCCACCUAGAAGUUUGUUCCCGAGACUUUGCAAGUGAAGUCAGCAAUGUUUUGAAUAAGGGUCAUCCGAAGGUAUGUGAGAAACUGAAAGCCCUCAUGGUGGAGUGGGCAGAGGAGUUCCGGAACGACCCGCAGCUCAGCUUGAUCUCCGCCAUGAUUAAGAACCUAAAGGACCAAGGGGUAUCCUUCCCCACAGCUGGCUCACAGGCAGCAGAGCAAGCCAAAGCGAGUCCGGCUUUAGUAGCUAAAGACCCCACUACCACUGUCAACAAAAAGGAGGAGGAAGAUUUGGCCAAAGCCAUUGAGUUGUCCCUGAAGGAACAAAGGCAGCCUCAGACCCCUAUCACGGGCCUGUACCCCAGCACCACCAGCCUGGUGACCAACCACAAGGUCGAGGGCCGCAAGGUGAGGGCCAUCUAUGACUUUGAGGCUGCAGAGGACAACGAGCUGACGUUCAAAUCAGGGGAGAUUAUCACCGUCCUAGAUGACAGUGACCCCAACUGGUGGAAGGGGGAAACAUACCAAGGGGUUGGUCUAUUCCCCUCAAACUUUGUAACGGCCGACCUCACCGCCGAGCCUGAGAUGAUAAAAACAGACAAGAAGACUGUGCAGUUCAGUGAUGAGGUCCAGGUGGAGACCAUCGAACCCGAGCCUGAGCCGGUAUAUAUCGAUGAGGAAAAAAUGGAUCAGUUGUUACAGAUGAUCCAGAGUGCUGACCCCACAGAUAACCAACCCGAUCCUCCAGAUCUUCUACACCUGGAAGCUGCGUGCAACCAGAUGGGCCCUCUUAUUGACCUGAAGCUGGAAGAUAUCGACAGGAAGCACUCAGAGUUGUCAGAUCUCAACGUGAAGGUGAUGGAGGCUCUCUCAUUGUACGCCAAGCUGAUGAACGAAGACCCCGUAUACACCAUGUAUGGAAAGCCACAGACCCAACAGUACUAUGUACCCGCAGGGUCUCCGCAGGUAUAUCCAGGUCAGCUCCAGGGCGGCACAUAUGCAGUGGGUGGGGCACCGGGGUAUUCCUUGCCUCCAGAGCAGCUACCCUCGCUGCCCCCUGCUGGCCAGCCGGCUUCCAGCAUCAUGAUGAAUUCCACUCCAGCCAGUGGCUACAUGGCUGUGUCUGCUGCCUACAGCCCCUCCCCUGCUGGGAUGGCCCCCACCGACCUUCAACCAUAUGAGGCCUCUCUGAACGGGGCAGCUGCAGUGCCCCAGGGCGUCCCACAGUCCGCCGAUGGCCAACAGCAAGUGUAUACCCAGAAGGCCUUGCUGUAGGGCUCCUCCAAGUCUCCCUCCCCGGACUGGAUCUCCGGCUUCUCUCUGUUGAAUGUUAAAGGAGCUGAGAUCUUAAGGGUGUUCGGAGUGGGGAGGGGGGGUUCAGGGCAGUGCUGUCUGUAGAUUUUGGUACUGUACGACAGGAAGCGAGUGCUGCCUGACUGGUUCAAACUGGAAAAGGCAUUAAGGAUUUGUUUCUGUUCUUGUUUUUUUUUCCCCCCCACACUCCUAGUAAGGAACACUAAUUAGUCAAAGGAAUCUAAUAACACUAGGAUGUCAUAUCGUAACUGUCACACGAUCUUAGGAGGUUUUACUAAAGACUUCACAUCAAGGCAGCAACGUAGUACAGAUAAAAAUAAAGCUGUAUGCACAUGCCGUACAUGUGAAAGCAUUGGGGGUCUACUUCCGGUUUUGGUCUUUGAUUGGCCUGACCCAGGUACCAAACCAGGUACGGCAUUAAUGGCUUUAAACAGUGUUCUGUUGAUUUUACAUUAUGGUGACUUUGUAUGAGAAAUAGCUGUCUUGUUUUUGUAGUGUAUUUUAAUUUAUAUUCGAUUCUUUUUACUGUUAUGAAAUAAUUUUAAUGCACAACAUUAUGGGAAAUGUUCUAAUGUGAAGAAACGACUAUUCAUUCAAGUUCCCCAUAAUGCCCGUAGUCACAUUUUUCAAACUUGUAACUGUAUUCUUUGGUGAACCAAUACAUCACUUCCUGUCUGGUUGAGGGAAGAACAUGAUAAACACUAUUGCAUGGGCCAUUAAUGAAUUCCGACUGUGCUGGUUCAGUUGCACUUUGAAGUUUGAGCACUAAGGGACCAGGACUUGUUGAGCACCUAUGAGUUGGUGUCCGUUUGUCCCUUAUGGGAAUGACGAGAGUGAUGCUCCCUGGCCUCAGCCUUUGUCCUGGAGAUGGACAUACUGUAAAAUUCAGCGUGGCGUCUCCAGUUUCCAUUCCCGGGCAGCACUUUAAUCUCACAUCCCUCGAGCGUGAACUAAACUCCAUUAUCCGCUUGUCGACUGUAGCCAGGAUUGGGUAACCACAGCAGAUCUGGACCAGAACACAAUCAAACUCUAAAGAAUGAGGGACACUUUGUGGGUACCUGUCCUCAUGGGUCUGCAGCGUCUGAAUCGCGCCAGAACUUCCCAUCCUUUAUAGUGUCGAGUGAAAGGCAGAGGGGCAAGAGAAACAGUUGAUGGUCAUUAAUAUUUGAGGUGUUACUCAAACAGCUGCCCGCAUGCAUCUAUCACAGUAUUAUGUUAUUACAGUUUCAGAGACUGGCAGUGAUUGUAGUCUGUUCCUCGUUAAGAUAUUUCCCGUACUGUCCCGAUGACCAGGGAAGCUUCCGGCUUUUAACAUUUAAUUAUUCAAAGUCUCACUGUGGAGAACAUUGACUUAAGUGACAGAAGCGGUUCCUGGUUGAGGAAUGAUGAAUCGUUAUCGUGGGGAACGCUGCCAUCUAGUGGUACGGAGGUCCAGACGAGUGGGAUUUGUCUGGGGCGACUUGGCUGUGCCUGUGUAGUUUGGGAUGCGGUUAUUAAAAAUGUACAAUUUUCACGGUGCUUUGUCUGAAGUACGGCGCGCACCUUUUCUGGUAAUGGAGAUCCUUCACUGCUAGCUGAUCAUCUAAGUCAAGCUUUGUCUUAUCCGCAGAAAUGCUGCGGAUUGCGAAACGAAUGAUUGCACUAAACAGCCCGUGCAAAGCCGGUCUUGUAACGGACUUUCUGCAUGUGUAACUUUUCUUUUGAAGCGUGUCAGGUUGUGGCUGCUAGUUAAAAUAUAUGGUGGGGAAACAAAGGAAACCAGUAUCCACAUUGUGUCGUACUGCUUUCAGUUCGUUUGUGAUGUAUGCUGUUAAGAAGAGUCCAGAUUUUGUUUUGUUGAUUUUUUUUUAAUUUUUUUUUUUUGUAUAACGAUCUGUCUACAGACUCAAAUAACAUGUUGAUUAGAAGGCUGAUGAUCUUGCACUGUGUUCCUCUAGUUAAAAGCAGCUGGAAACAUAUACAUACAUUUCAGUAGAUAUGCUUUUGUAGUUAUGGUUUGCCUGAAGCAUUUAAUGGACUGUAAGGAAUAAGGUGCACAUUAAUUAAUUUUUAUAUAUUUUUUGUUCCUAACUGUUUAUUUUUUCGACCAAACUGUGAAGAGUCCAGCGUUAGGACCAGUGACUUCAAAUUAACAUUUUUAAAACGUUGUUUUUUGCGAAUUUGGCAUGCUUUGAACUUUUAGCGACCUGUCAAAUCCGGUUACAGUUAAGUCCCCCCCCCCCCUUGCACUAAUAUAUUUUGUUUCUGUUUUUUCUUAUUAACAAAGAGUAAAAAUGUAGAGAGAGCUGUUUAUAAUCUGUGAUGCACACAGGCCAUGAGUAUUCCACAUCUACAGGAAAUGUCAGACCUUCUCUUGAAGUCCUGUGGCCUUCCAGCUGCUCUCCUAAUGAUCUGCUGAUUGUUUGCCACUGUGCACCUCAUGGAGAUGAUAAUCGGUUCAGGGGAUGAGGAUUAAAUGAGGCUAGUGCUUUCUUUGCCUUUCUGUUCAUUUAAAAAAAAAAAAAAAAAAAAAACUAAAUUAGUGAAUGUUGGUUUGUUAACUUUUUUCUUAUGAUU